UUAACCGUACCUUUCAUUUCGCUUAUUUGAUACAAAUCCUAAGUUCUUCUUUAUUAGAGACUAAAUUCUUAAUAGUUAAGAAGCAGACGGAGCAAAUGUCUACGAGCGAUCGUAGCACACCGUCGAUAAAAUGUUACCGACCGAGCGGCGAGCUCCACGGCAAGCUCCGCGGCGGUUAUUGUAUACACGACUCGGCAUAGGCGCAUGCAGUCGGCCGAUUUCGGGAGUAUUGCGUCUCACGCAAUCGAGUUUUUUGAAAGAAGUACGCGAGUGUGACAAAUUUUGUGAAGAAGUGUGAAGACAGAAGUAUCUCUUCGUCGGGGAGGCAGCAGGCUGACGGUGUUUCAUCGCAGACGGCAGAAGGCGAGAGAGAAUUGGCUGGAGUCGGCGUCCGCCGUUGCAUUUGGCGCGUGGUCUCUUUAUCUCAUUGCCACAAAGAAGCACCUUUGCAGAAAUGAACAUCAUACUCAAGUCAUGGGGCUUUCCGAACUUAGUAGAUGUUUUUAAACAGAAUGAUAUACUAACUAUAGAUGCUCUGAAUGCUUUGAUGGAUGAUCCUGACGAACUCAAAAAUGUUAUUCCAAGUGCUGGUGUGCGUAUAUUGCUUAAAAAAAAAUUACGUGAACAUAUUGAAGUCAAUGAACAGAUAAAGUUCGAACUCUCGGCAACUGAAAAUUCGUUACUUGAGGACUCGUUGAAAGAAGAAGAAUUGCAAGGUCUUGAAACUACAGAAGAAGUUGAAGCAAAUGACGAAGAUACAAUCGAUGUAGAAUACGUCGAAAAUCAAACAACUCCUGAUGGAGAGCCAGCUUGUAAAAAGCAACGAAUAUCAACUGCAGUCAACGACUUAGAUCUCAAAGCUCUGCUGGAAGACCAUGCUCUUGGGCCAUCGAUAUUGAGGGUAUAUGAAGCGAAAAAAGAGCUUUGUUCUGCUUCUCAAUCGUACUUAGUAGAAAUUAUUACUCUUCACUUCUUAAGAGACAACAAUUUAAGGUUAACUGACCAUGAUUUUAAAGUAUUAGUUUGGUUGAUAAAAUUGGUUGAUAAAUAUAGAAACCGACGUACGUACAUCCUACAAUCACAUAAACUUUCAUCUCAAUGUCAGUCAACCGCAAAACGAGUGCCAGUUACAAAUAAUUUAGAUGUACAAAGUGCCCUUGAAAGCAAAGAAUGGCUUGUUAUAAAUAGAGAGAAGAGGGAAGUUCUAAAACAUUGGGAGUUCACAUUCAAUUUGCGCCAGACUGAUGCCAAGAAUCAAGAAUAUCAAACUGUAGCUGAUAUUUAUAAGAAUUGGCCAAUUUUAGAAGAAUCUUAUGGUUUCGAACUUAUUGAAAAGGAUUUUUUACAAACAUAUUUAAACCCUUUUGAGAAUAUAUGUAAACGAUGGAAUGAUGUCUUUUCUCAUGCAGCUGCUAUCUUAAAAGAUAAGCUAACAAAAGACGAUAGACUUAUUUUAGACUCGUUAGAAGAGCUGGAUUGUGAAUCGGACGCAGAUCACGGAAACAAACUAUCAUCGAUAGAGGAAUCGAAAAUUGUUGGCGGUUAUCUAAGUAUUACGACAGCCGAGAUGUCAUAUUUAAUUACCUAUUUUGGCAUUAUAAUCGGUGAUCUUGUUCCGGAGGACGAUUUAUCAUGGGAACUGUAUUUAACAUUGUUUGAUAUUAUUGAUUUAAUAACUCAAGCUUCUAUAACUGAAAAUGAAAUUUCUUAUUUAAGUCAAUUAUUGAAAUCACAUAACGAGCUGUAUAUACAAAUUUUCGAUGAACCGUUAAAACCAAAACACCAUAUUAUUUUGCACUAUCCCGAUUGUAUUAGAGCAAUGGGACCUACUAAGCAUUACUCGUGUGAAAAGUAUGAAGCCUUUCACAAGAAAGCUAAACAGUGUGCUCGUGUUGUGACUUCAAGAAUUUACAUCAUUCAUACUUUAUCAACAAAAUUGCAGCUUGAAUUAGCUUAUCGUUUUUAUAUAAAUAAGGAGUUUAAAAAUAUAAUUGAGUUUGGGGCUCUCAAAAAAAAGGUGACUGAAAAUGUAGACAACGAAGUUAAUUUUGUAAAAAUUAAUGGAGCUCUGUAUCGACCAAACUAUGCAAUAUUUUUGUACAACGAUGAGUCUGACAAUCCCGUAAUUGGUUUGAUCGAAAAAAUCGUAAAAACUACUGAGAAUAAAAUAUUUUUUAUGUACAAAGAUUGUCAGACGAUUGGUUUUCUAAAUAGUAUGAAAUGUUACGUUAUAAUAGUUACCAUCUAAAAUGCAGAAAGAAAAGUGGUUUUUGUAUAAUUUAAAUUAUUAUAUGCGACCUAUAAAAAUUCAUGUAACAGCCGAAGGAAAGUAUGUAGUAUCUUGUAGAGAUUUAUAAUGUUUAAAUAAAUAGAUGUUCAAAGUAA